AACCUCGAGAAAGGUGAUCAUAGUCGUGAAUCUUUAAUUCUGAACUUUUUGGAGACAGUUUUAAGUUCAAUGUUGUGAAACCACGCGAACGGAAGUGUGAGAGGGAGUUUCCCUGGAACGUCAGAUCUUUCGGACCUACGGUGUAGAAAACUCUAAUCGAUUGAGCUCUGAAAGAAAAACGCCAGUAACAGUGGACGUUUUUCGUUGAUAAUCGAAGCUUGCACCUUGAUAGAGGACGAAAAAACAAUUUGAAAUGGAGGAAGAAGAUUUGCAGCCAGAUUCACCACCAGGGUUUGUGGAGGAGAUCGAUAGUUCUGAAUUGGAGUAUAUCGAGGUACAUACUGAUACAUGUACACAUAGAGAACUUCCUUGUAUGUAGCUUGUUUGUCGCCAAUUUGUAAAACGUAUUUAAUUUUUAAGUGUCUUAAUCACGGUUCAGAGACAAAUUUUGAUAGUUUCACGAAAUCAAACAUAAUUAUUAAUGUUUUACAGCGUGGCAGCUUACUAGGUUUUCAUUCAGGCGAAAGAUAAAAUCGAUACCUUCAUUACAGGGCAUGUACAUCUCAUUAAAACACAAUACUAGGUGAGAUUUCUGUACAGCCCCAUACAUUUAUAAUGCAUACAUGUUUCGACUCUAUUCAUAUUCAGUAAUUUGGUGAAAUAGUUGGAAAUUGCUGCAUGCAUUGUAUUGUGUACGUGGGGCUGUAUGGAAAUCUUACCCAAUGCUGCCUUUUCUGCCAUACAUUACUUCUCAAUGAAACCCCAAACUUACAGGUGUAUGCGCAUGCCAAAUGUCCUUAUUCAGGAUCUUGCAAGUUAUGAAUGUAAAUGUAGAUGUAGAUGCUUUGCAUAGCCUGAGGAAACAGCUGACAUUUUGUGACUUUGCCGCUGUUUCCCUACGAAACGACUGAAGAAAUUCCAUACUGAUGAUGUGUCAAUACUCAGAUCUGGGUUGGGCUACUGAUUGAUUGUACUACGAGAGAAAUUUGCUUCAACCAAUCAGAAGUACUAGCCAGAUCUGGGUAGUGAUGCGUCAUCAGUGUGGAAUUUCUGAAGUCUUUGCUCAGAAGUCAUUUCACAGGAAAACCAGUGGUGUGGUCAUAAAAUGUCAACUGUUUUCUCUGGCAUUGUUGUAUUCAGUGCAGAAAAAAUUCACAUCCUGUAAAUGGAGGACAGGGUUUUGGGUCAUGCCUCCUCCCACCACAUCUCCAGAUAAAUUUUCUAAAACCGCUAGAUCAAUGCACCUCCUCCUGACUGGAUUUCGAAGGUCAAAGAUGCCCAGAUUUCGAAUAAUGUCAAUAAUUGUUUUGGAGGUGGUUUAUAAUAUUAUAUUAGAAGAAGAGGGAUAAUUGAAUUCAAAAGCCCUUUUUUGUUUUUAUUUUCAUCUCAUGGCAAUAAUUUAAGAUUUGCAAUUUUGCAGUUCCUUUUGACUUAAAUGCUGGAAAUUGCAUUUUGUUAAAAUACACGUAAAAAGUCCAAAUUAAUGUGCAAAAAUCCAUUUUUAUUUUUGAAUAUUGUAGAGGCUUCAUUUUGUGGUCCCAAAAACUGUCUGUAUUCUAUGUGGAUUUGUAGUGCAAACGAAGAUACAUCUACUUUUUUUGGACGAAUGCUCUCCUGCCAUCUGGGACAAUGAAACUAACAGAGAGUUGAGGCAAAUCGGAAAAUAAUUUCAUGGGACCAGUUGAUGCCCCACCUCCCUCAGUUUUUAGUAAUAUUGCUUUCUGUAAUAAAAAGAAACACCUGCUCUGCACCCUAUCUAUAUCUCAUUUAGAGGUUUUUUCCUCUAAGACCUCCCCAUCCCUGACAAAUAAUUUUCUUUCUUAGGGUUCUUUGUGAUACCCAACCCCUUGGAAUUUCUAUAUUACACCACUUGGUCCUCUUUAUUCAAAUUUGUGAUUCUUGUAUAGUUUACCCAGACCUUAGAGAAUUCUUGUGAUACUAUACCUUUAGGCUGCCAAAAUCUGUUCUUUGUCUUGUACAUUAUUUUUAAGACUGUAGGAAGAGGUGCCUUUGGGGUUGUAUCCAAAGCAAUGUUUCGAAACAAGUUCAUUGUUGCUGUUAAGGCCAUUGAAACGGAAGCAGAAAAGAAAGCUUUUAUUGUUGAGGUAACUGUCUGAUAACUGUAGUCUACUAUUUUUCUACCAAUAAAUAUUUCCCAGCAACCUCAGCCUGCCUUUAGUUUUUUUAAAAAAUUGUUUGUCAGUGCUAUAGUUUCUUGAUACCUUGCAAGGAUCUUUUGUUUUUUGGACAAACACUAUUGUUUGUGAAGUUAAUACAUGUGAUAAACUGCACUGGUGAAUGCCACUGCUGACAAAAAUAACAUUCCUACUAAGAGACAAAUAUUGAUUAAAAGUGAAGAAAAUCCAAGAGAGAUUGACAUUAAUCAUUAACUGUAUUACUAUCAUUAAUGUUAACCUCGUGGAUUUUCAUCACUUUUAAUCAAUUUGUAUCUUUGUAGGAAGGUUAUUUUUUUAAUAAAUUAUAUAAUAAUACUAUACUUUUUAUUACAACUUACAAAAGCUAUUAUGUCAACAAACAACAGCAGAAAGAUUUUAGCCUGUAGAUGACAGGUAUUAAUUGUAUAAUUUAUCUAGAAAAUACUUAUCUAGAAAAAUCCCAAAAAUUUAAUGCUCUCUCAAAUCUCACUAUCACAAUAAGAAGGUCUCCAGCACUUUUGUUAUAAUAUAGCAUUUAUACUAGUGCUUUGGUUUCCUAUAAGAGUUUUUCUAUGACUGUAUUCAAAGGAGUGUCUGUAGUGAUAUUAAUAUUUACAAUUCUUUACCUAAAGGUGCAGCAGUUGUCUCGUAUCAGCCAUCCCAGCAUUAUCAAGCUUUACGGUGCCUGUACAACACAAGAUCCUGUAAGUUUUAACCUGUUGAGCGUACAUAUGGUCUGUUGUUAUUCAUUUUUAUAAAAUAACUAAGAUAAUAUAGUACACUUGCUCUGAUCAGCGGAGAGGCGUGUUUGCAUGAGCUAGAGUUUGUAAACACAGUUGUGACUUCAAUAUGCUUUGCUGUGGGCACGUUUAUCACACAAGCACAAAUGGAAAAGGUUUUGGGGUGAAAACUUGACAAGUUUAGUUUAUUUACCCAUUUCCUUGUUGGCUGAAACUUGGAAAAUCUUUACAAUUACACUGUUUGCUGUGUCAAUUUUUUUCACAUAAGCUGACAUUUUAAGCAAGGAAAAUUUGUAUUUCAAAAAGCAUAUUUUUUGCAAAACGGGAACUGAUUAUGUGUACAAAACUUCAUCUACAACAUUUCGCAACUGGUAAGAAUAUUUCUCCUUUAAUCAGUUCCAUAAGCAAAGAGUUUUUCUUUUUUUUCUCGAAAGUUGUUUUAUAAAAGCAAUAUUUUACCUUUUUCCUGGGUUUGCGUAGCCUGACAUAAACACUGGAGGGGUUGAAAGAAUUCUCAACAGUUAUGCAAACCCUCGACUUUGACUCUGGUUUGCAUAACUGUCUUGAAUUCUCCCAACCCCUCUCCUGUUUACACCAGUGAUGCAAAUACAGAGAACAUUCAUUGGCUGAUAACACUUACCAAGACCUUGAUUAUUUCAGAUUUAACAAAAACUGAAUCUAAUAAUACAAUGAUAAUAAAAAUAUUAUUAUUGUUUUACUUUGUUUCGAAGAAAAUAAUGUCAAACACAACUUGGGGUGGAUAACAGUUAAAUUGACAUUGCUCUUGGAAAUCAUGCACUGUAUUAAAUUUUGCAAACUACAGAUUAGUCAGUUAUCUGCAGGUUGCAGUCUUAGGCUCUUAGCCAAUGUGAAGAUAGUUUGUGUGUGCAAUAUAAUAACAAUAAUAAUAACAAUAACAGCGAUUUAACAAUUCAUUGUUUGUUCAGGUGUGUCUUGUAAUGGAGUAUGCAGAAGGAGGCUCUCUCUACAACUGUAAGUGUACACAUGUUAAAGAUGUGCUAAUCAGCAUGUCACAAGUGUGGGACAAUAAAAAUCUGGAUCAUUAUAUGUUUCUGGGAAACUGCCUACCUACCCCUCCCUUAAGCCAACAUUUAGCCCUAAGUGAGAGGUAAGUGUUAAUGUUGGCUAAGGGGAGGGGUAGGUGGGCAGUUUCCCAGAAAUGAACAAUGAUCCAAAAAUCUUGAGUCAUUGACAGGAUUUGAGUCUAUAACCUCCUGAACACUGGGAGGGCUCUCUAUACUCUGAGCUGCAGAGAGACUCAUGGACGAGCCAGAGACCCAGUACAGGGCUUGAAAAAAGGUUUUCUUGCUGGGCAAGUAACUUUUAAAUCUUACUUGUCCAAUGAGCAUGGGGUCCAGGCAAGUUGUGAUCUUCUUGUGAAAUCAUUAUUUAAGAAAAGUAAGAAGUGGGCUCAGGAAAGCAAAAUGUGGGAGCUGAAAUUCAAUUUUGAUUUGAGCCCUGCUAGUUUCAGAAUGUGUGGUUCCAGAAAAUAUCCAGACCCUCACCACGGGGGGAAUUGGAAAUUCCAGGGGGGUGGGGGAGUCAGAGGCCCAGGAAAUUCCAGAAGGGAGCGGGGUUGGACCAUAAAAUCACUUUUCAGGGGGGCAAUAUCAUUUUGUUUUUGACCUGGGAUCGAACAUUGCUUCUUACCGACCUGGUAGAUCAUUUUUAGGACAUAAAUAACUUGAAAUAUAUCACUUAAGAUACAUUGUUCCUUUUAAUCUUAACCAGGUUUCCUUUCUUCCAAAAGCGUUUUGGAUGUAAUUUCAAAGGAAUUAGACCGACUACAACUCGUUUUAUCGCAUGCUCGUAUAUUCGGCCGCCAUUACUCGUUACCAGUCUUCCCCAAAACAUCAACGCAUGCAACACAACACGUUGCGUCAGUCGAUUGAUAGAUCAAAAGAGAGGCUAUUUUGCCUCAUGAAGCACAAGCUAUACAUUGUAACCAUUUUAAAAUGAAGAGUUUUUAUUCUCCUUUUCAUUUUCCUUUAAUUUUGUGGAUGAACGUGUGGCAUGUUCUUGAUUGAAUUCUCGCUGAAAUGGUGUCGAUUUCACCAAACAUUUAUACGGCCAUCGCACAUCACGUCGCAUCAGUCGAUCGAAAAACAGUAAAUUGAACUGGUUUCAUUUCAAGUAUCUUCAAGAUGCAGGGGGUAUUCAUUGUUAUCAUUUCAGAAUUCAGAGUUUUUAUUCUCCUCUUUGUUUUGCAUUAAUUUUGUGGUCGUAAGUUUGACUUGUUCUGCAUUCCCACACGAAAUGGCGUUAAUUCUAUCAACAUUAAGCCCAUGCGAUGAAUAACAAAUCUAAGCUUGCCCUGAUUAAGGUAAAUUCACAAAUGUAACCGAAUUAUUAACUUUCUCUGUUUCAUUUAAAGUAAGAGAUGAGCAAAAAUUACAGAUCAGGUUACUUUGUGGUGGUGUAGUGUGUUUUAAUGUUGCGAGAUCACUCAAAUAAAUGGAAACAGAAGCAUACAAGCUUCUGAUGGAAACCGUUGGGUACAACCAUAAGUUGCCUCAUUCUUCUACUUUAAUAGUCCUUCUUCGUGAAAAUGAACUUUUCCAGAGGGGUUGGGGGGUCUUUGUCACACUUGUGGAAAUUCGGAAGGGGUGGGGGGUCAUCAGUUCCCUGCAAAAAUGGAAAAUCCAGGGAGGUGGGGGGGUCCUAAGUGAAAUUCCCUCCAUGGUGGGGGUCUGGAUAUUUUCUGGAACUACACAAUGAACUCUGUAAUAAAAUGUCCAUAUUGCACUGUGUUACUGUACAUUUUGCAGUGCAUCAUUAGAAAAACCUGGCUACUGCAUUUGUCAAGGUUUCAAUCCAUCUCUUAUUUGAUUACCUGAGUCUGGAAUGAAGAAUGGUAACCAAAAGUUGAUAUUUUCUCUCUUUUGGUGCUCUGACUUGACAAAUUUGUACAACAGGAGUUAAAACAAAGGCUUUCAGAUUCAUUGUGUGAGACAAAAGUCUUCCAUCAAGCAGGACACUGAACUUCUGGUUGCUAUUCAUGACUUCCGGGGUGUCCGCGCUUUCUCUGCUUAAGCUCACUACCGGGGUAAUAGGGAUCUUAAGCAACGAUGACGAUAUGACAGAUAGGAGAAUGGUAACAAAAACGAUAGGCUUAGAUUAUCAAAACAAGCUUUGCUUGUGCAUCACACUUUUUUGUACACUUCUUUGUCCUCACUACACAACUACGACAAGAAACAUAAUUUCACGUUUUCUGGAGGACAUGAUUACAAGACAAUGAUUUUCUGAUUCCUUUUAUCAGUCUUGUAGAAUUUAACUCCAAAACAUUCACCAACAUUUGACAAAUUGAACAACAUGGAAUAAGAGCAAUGAAUAUGGAAACUGCAUGAAUUCACUUUUUAAGUGAUGUUUCGCCCACAUCGUCAUAAUAGUUGUCUUUGCUUAAGCUCUACAAUAUGAGACAGGUUUGAAUCCUUUUGACCAAAGAUUCAAUUAAAAGUUCAUUCCUCUUCUUGUUAUGUCACCAGUGCUUCAUUGGACUCACCCAACACGGCCUGCACCCCUCUACACAUCCUCUCAUGUGAUGAGCUGGGCUCUGCAGUGUGCCAGAGGAGUAGAAUAUUUACAUGGUAUCAAACCCAAAGCAAUCAUCCACAGAGAUCUCAAACCUCCAAAGUAAGUAUGAACUGUCUUUAGCCCUUUAAGCCUCAAUAUCCACAUACAAAUUCUCCAAACUGAUCUCCACACAUUUUCUUGAGAUUGCUUGAUGGGGUUUUUCAGAGUCAAUACCUCCCAUGUUUGAGCAUACUAUGUCACCAUUUAUAAGGAUCCUUUAGAACAAAUUUUCAUCUUAAUCAUAACAGUAUAACAAAAUUCUCAAAUCUGAUUGGCUAUUAAAAUUCUGUUCUUUUUUCAGCACUAGUAGGACAGUGUAAUGGGACAGUACAUGCCAUGCUUGAGUAAUUGGACAGAAUACGCUAUCGCACAUGCGGACUUAAAUGGCUUUUUUUUUCCUCUACUAGCAAAAAAACUCGAAAUUUCUUGUGUUUUGAUUUAAAAAAGCCUAAAUAUUGCAAAUUUUGUUACAGUUAUGAUUAAUUGGUAACAGGACUGGGUGGAGUCCAAUUCAGUCUGUAAUCAUACUCGUGAUUAAACAAAUCGGACUCCCACUAUGCGGUGGUGCGUUUUUGUCUAGCACUUGUAUGAUUACAGACCAAAUUGGACUCCACUCAGUCCUAUUACCAUUAUUUAUCUAAUACAGCUGUAGGGGUAAUUUUUCCAAAUCCUUGUUAAUGGCAACGUAGUUUAUGCUCAGACUUGUGAGGUAUUGACCCUGAAACCCAGUCAAGCCACCUUAAAGAAUAUAAGCUGUAUAAUGAAGCAAUUUGAUUAAAGAUCAAAGCUUUUUCCCUUUGAUGAUCAUUUUGUCAAUUCUCAUAACCAUUUCUCUUGAUGAUGUAUUGGUGUUGCUAGGAGAAAAUUGAUGUUGGUCACUCUUGGGACUUAAAGGGUUAAACUAACAAUAUUUUUUCUUUACAAAGAUCCCGGUUUUUGUGUUCUUUACAAAAAACCAGCUGAAUGGAUUUUGAAUCUACCUGUAAAGCAUAAGCAUAAGGUCAAAUCUAAAUUUGUGGGGAUUUAUUAUCUGUUUCUUUGGGUACUGGUUCCAUACUUUUGGGCAUCAACAUGAAGUAUUGACUUACAUAUUAAUUUGUGAAGUGGAUCAGAAUUGUUUUGAACUCCAGACAGUCAACAUGGGCACCCCAACCCACCCCCCUCUCCACCCUACAAAGCCCGAUGAGAACAGGCUGUGGAUAUGUGGAUAUGUAAGAUCCUGGAGUAACUAAGAUGGCCAUGCAUGGGUCAGUCACAACAAGACUUGACUUUUGCAUUGUGGUUAAAAUUAGCCUCUCCAGCUUGUCAGAAUGGCUAUCUUUAUCUUUUUUUUUAUCUUGCAGUUUGUUGUUGACCAAAUGUGGAACUGUAAUAAAGAUCUGUGACUUUGGAACAGCUUGUGACAUGAAAACCUACAUGACCAAUAAUAAGGGCAGUGCAGCGUGGAUGGCUCCUGAAGUGUUUGAGGGUAAGUUAGUACUAGUGACUACAAGCCGUUGAUAGCACUGACUAUUUCUUUAUUAAUUUUAGUUACUUUUUUUACCUCUUUGUGAACUCAUCAACAAAGAUGAUUAAGGGAGAGGGGGCUAAUAGGCUGGUGGAGGCAAGAUUAAGCACUUUCAUAAGGUUGUUAUUAAGUGUUUAUUGAAUUUUGUUUACUUUUUACAUAGGGAACAACUACACUGAGAAGUGUGAUGUCUUCAGGUGAGUACUUUGUAAAUGCUGUACACCUCACCGCACUUUUUUGGUUUUUGUUUUCCUUUGUGUCUGAUCAUGGUAUAGGCUAACAGAAAAAGAGGGUAAUAAAAAUUAAUGAGGCCUCGCUUGUUGAGAGGCUGGAUAGCGCUAUCCACCAGAUAAAUCUCUAUCCAGUGGAUAGAGCAAUUAGUUACCCUAAUAGGUAUCCGCUGGAUAGUGAUUUAUCUGUUGGAUAGUGCUAUCCAACGUUUGAACAACUGGGGCCUGGUCUUUAAUAAUUAUUAAUUUUUGUAAUUUUUGAGUCACUUUUAAUUAUUAUAUUAUGCCCUAAAGUGCAAAGGAAUAAUUUAUUUUUCAACAUUGAAUCAAUCUCAAUAAUAACACAGGGCUUACUUACUUAUUUAGGAAGGUAUUUGCCUGUUAUAGUUAGAUUGAUAAAUUUUAGAUUAUAAAUUUUAGGUAUUCUUAAGUGUACUUUAUUGUAAUUAUUGCAGGUAGUUGUAGUUGUAAGGUGCAUUUGAUCAUAUUCAGAUGUUAAUUUGCACCUAAUAAGAAAUAAAUUAUUAUUAUUAUUAUUAUUAUUAUUAUUAUUAUUAUUAGGACUGUGCUCUGGCAGCCCCUGGUGCCUUACUUUUGCACUUGGGCAUCUAGAAGUUGUAAAGUUUUCAGACUUCAUAAACAUCAUAUGACAGAUUUGACAGGCUGAGAGCACUGGACUCCCUUCAAUGAAUUUUUCUUAGAGCACAGUCUUGUAACACAUGCUUUUCUUUGAAUUCAAAUUGAGCAGUUUUGGCAUAAUACUAUGGGAGAUGAUAACUCGCCGCAAGCCAUAUGAGGACAUGCAGGGAUUUAAUGCAUUCAGAAUCAUGUGGGCCGUUCAUAAUGGUAUGUUUUUGUAAAACUUAGUGAAUAUUUGUUUUUUUUAAUUCCUUUUAUUAUAAUAGUGACUGUCAUUGCUUGUGUGCUAAAGUAGAAGCAUGGCCAGAGCUUAGGCACUUGGUACCUUUUUAUCUGUGUUGGCCACAGUCUCUUUGUAACACGCACCGCAGUGUGAGCAGGGGGGUGUUAGGAGUUGAGAAGCAAAAAAGUCUCUCUCUCCCCCACUUCCUUCCUUCCAUCUUACCCUGUGCAUCACUAGGGAGAGGUGAGAGGAGACUGUCGAUCAAUCAGCCUUUUAAUGCUUGGAAUUGUUUUUAAGGCCCCAAAAUAUUUAAUUCCCUUAGCUCUGAAAUUCAGAAUGCCUCUAGCACUGCUGUGUUCACUUCGAAACUAAAGUCAUUUUUCUUGAUAUAAGCAAACUUUACUUCUCUUAAUGCUUGUUUGUAGUUUUUCGCUUCUUUUGCUUUUUUCUUGUAUUAUUUUUCUUCCUUUUUCUUUUUCAUUUUUGCACUUGCAGGUUCCGCCUUACCUGUUUUUGUCCUUUUUAAUGCAUAUUUUCUGUGGUGUAAAGAAAUUGUAUGUGCUUCAUUAAUUAAUUGUCUUGCCGAUGCCAGUAUUUUAGUUAUCAAUUAGGUAAUAUAUUUUUAAAGGUGGUCCCUUGCCUCAUCUUUUUUUAAUUGUAUGUAUAUAUUCAACUUGUAUGGCAAAAUGAUAAUAAAACUGAAAAAAAAAACUGAAAUAAAUCAUGACCAAAGAUUGGGUGUUUCACGCGUUAGUUAGGUAUGGUGUUGUUCUUUGGGGAUUCUUUAGCAUCUUUUGUAUAAUAAUCACUCCUUCUGCAACCAAAAAAGUUACCACUGUCUGACUGCAUUUUCAGUUUAAUUUGUGGUCAAUGUUAUUUAAGUAGUGCAAAAAAGUAUAAUGAAAUUGUGUUUAAAAAUUUUCAACAAUUACUAAUUUUCAGGUACCAGACCACCAUUAAUAGCUGAUAUUCCAAAGCCAAUUGAAGAUCUGAUGACCAGGUAAGAGUAAAGGUAAUAGUGUGAUUCAUCAACAAAGUUUGUGAUUAAAGAUUAAAGUUUGUGAUCAGGUAAUUUCCUAAAGUUAACUUAAUAAUCCAAAUAAUAAUAUUGUUUUAUUUUCCUCUUUGUAGAAUAAUUUUGCCUUGUAAAAUAGUAUUUUUAUGGACAACGUUUGCAAUCUUUUCGAAUUCCUAUUUUUUAAAUUUAGGGAACCCAUAAUUUUGUUCACUAAAUGAUGCAACAUUACUUUCUCCAUUUUUUGUCUCCAUUUUGUUCCUGUAAUAGUAUCUGAGUGUUUGGCAAAGAAAUAGAAUACAAAUACAAAUAUACAAAUAAAAAAUACAUCUACGUAAACUAGUCUAUUGUUAUGGGGCUGGCGUUGCAACGCAUAGAAUUUACAUUAAUCGUUUUGUGGUUAUUUUAAAUUUCCUGUCAUGUUGAUCAAUUUUGUUGUUGAUUUGAUGUCCAGUUGUUGGGAUAAAGUACCUUCCAAGAGACCAUCCUUCACGAGAAUUGUUCAUAUUCUACAGCACCUGGUUCAGGUAAGUCUCCUGGGUUCAAGGGGGGACUGCUGGCCCCUAUGAAAGUGACAUGGAUAAUUGUCGACCAUUUAUUUAUACACAGAAAUUCCUAGGGGUAUCUUUUAAAGCAUGAUAACAUUUGAAAGUGAGUGGCGUUUUUUCUUACAGUUUUUUCCAGGUUCGGAUACCUGCCUGGUGUUUCCUGAUGGUCCCCCAAGCAGUGAGAGUAGUUCAUCUGGCUCUAGCUUGUCUCUUCUGAGUCCUCCAUCGUCUCACCACCACGAUCCCACAACUGCAACCCAGGGGAGUACUCUAAGUGACACUGUGAUCAGUGUAAAGAGCCAGGCGUCUAGUGAAAGUGGUGGUGAACACGAAGGUGCGUACGAACUUGACGAUGAACGGAAAGAGGAGGAUGAAACACCAGUUCCUGAAGAAAUCGAAGAUGAUGAGAAAUCUCCCGAUCAGGCAGCCUCUACGGAGCCAUUAUCACCUACUAUAACUAUCUCAGUGGAUAACAAAAGUCCAACCGCACAGUUUUUCAGACAGCCUUCAGACUCGGGUGGAUCACCAUCAUCGCAUCCCAAACCGGGAACAGUUGCUGGUCUUCGUCCAAUCAGCCCCGUACCUGGACCAAUCCCUAGUGUAAAUUUUCAACCUAUCAAAAUUGUGGCUGCAUCCUCUAGUCCAAGUCCCAGCCUGAUGGCAGCCCCUCCACGUACCUCAGCUGUGAGUCCAGUGCCAGGCUCAGGCCCUAGGAUGUCCUUUCACCCUGCCAAUCCCGCUCAUCCAAUAAGCCCUGCCAUCAGCCCUGGCAACCCGGGAAGACAUCCGGGCUACCCUGGAGAUAUCCCACGUGGCACGUUGCCACAUGGUCAUUAUUACCCCUCUGGAGGCCCACUGGUAGGACCUGACAAACAAACUCCUCCUUUUAUUUACUCUGAGGCUCGGGGCUCAGGGGUCACAGGGGGCAUGACAUCCCCGUACAGAUCCCCCAGCCCCCUCCCUCCCAGUCUCAACCAGCAUGGUGUACACUCCCCAAAUGUAAUGUACCCUCCAGUGUCCAACUACAACUUUCCACCGUCUGGUACUGCUGCAAUACAGAUGCCAACGCCGAAUACUGUUCCGUCUGUGCCUAGAAACACUCCUGUCGCUGGCUUUCAAAUGCUGCCACGUGACGAUCACGGUCUGGAUCUGGAAGAGCUGCGAAUAGCCCUUCAGAAUGAUCUUGAUCCUCCAGAGCUUGCCAACAGAGUUCAUAACUCCAGUGGACGUUCUACGCCAUCACAAGGCUCACAUACAGGACAUUCCAGUCAGGCUAGUUCAGGGGCAGGCAGCCCUUAUCCAGACAGGAAGGUCAGUUGGCCAGCGGCGUCACAUGCGCGUCACCCACCCUACCCAAUGAACAGAUCAGUGUCAUCUCCGGAGAGAAAGUACAGCGGAGACAAGGAAAGCCCAUUGCCAAGGAGACAUAACUUAGGUAUCGUAUUUUGCACCUACAGUUUAAGCCCCUGUGAGCGUACACCAUCCGGAAGGAAAAUGCGUCUGUAGAUGGUUUACGGUCAUCUCGCCACCAACCAUCUCGCCACCCUGAAUGAAAUCGCCACCACGAAGUCUACUCGCCACGGUAUAAUAACUCUGCAAUAAUUGACACUGUUUACCUACCUGAGAUUGUUACUUCUUCCUCAAGCCCAAUAAUAUAAGUUUAUCGAUUUUAAUUGACACCUUGUGUAUAAUUGCGACUUUUUAAUACCUUAACCAGGCUUAUUUGCAUCCCUCGAGAGGUGCGUUUUAAAAUCCAACAGCCUUUCUUAUGAAAGUUGGCUAACAUUGUCACUUGAACCUUAACUCCUUUAAAAAUUUCAUUGUAAAUUUAAAGUGAAAUAAUUCUUUUGAGUCUUGUCCUUUCGAUAUAUAUUUCUUGGUGGUGAUUUCGUUGGUGGCGAGAUGGUUUGGUAACAGGCGAGGAGUUGCUUACGAGGAUGAUCCUAGUCAGUGGCCACUAGCAGAAACAGGCGGUCCCUUAUGGGAGCUUGCACCACCCCAAUAAACGUUAAAGAUACAACUGUGAAAAAUUACUUUCGUUUCAUUGAUGUAUGCUGUAGAAUUCGUUGCGAAAACAGACUGUCGUGCUUGUGUAGGCAUAGGUAAUGGUAAGGGUAAAGGCGCACACGAGCCAAAGGCCCAAACGUCCGGACCUUAUACCGGUUUCAUUAGCAUGAAUCAUGCCUAGGAGUAUUGCUACUCCCCCUUGGACAGGAUGCUAGUCCAUCGCAUUGUUACCUCCAGCAGUAUGUCGCCUGUACCCAUUUAGGGAGAGGGUAUAAAGUAGAGUAAAGUUCCUUGCCUAAGGAGUAAGAUGACCAAACAAGACAACCACAUCUCCGUGUUUAAGAUGCGAUCGUCUUCCUCUGAUUUUCUUUCAAGACGUUGAGAGUUGGUUUGUUAUAGAAUACUGACUAAAAUAUUUUGCCUCCCUUAAUGCGUUUGAAUACUAGCAUCACUUAGUGUUUAAAACAAACAGUGGUAAUCCUGUGUUGUAAGAUCUACUUGAUACUUAACGUUGUGAAAUCUCUUUACUUCAGACCAAACGUUGUUCCCCAACAUACUCCAAGCGUUAGAUGCCCAUCUACAGGUACGUGGUCUUGACUUUAUGAAAUGAUUUGUUUUUUUGUAAUAUGGUUGAAAUCGUCGAGUCUGUGUACAGACCUUGUUUUCUUAUUCUUUUCGGGGUGGAGGGUUAAGCGCGAUUGAGAAAAAGAAAGGAUUCCCUACCCCCACCCCUUUGGGCUUGUGGUCAAUAACUCCCCCGUCGUUUUUAUUUUCACAUGGGCGCUCGACGAUCUCUAAAGAGAAAAUGGAGGGUCUGUGAAUAGGCUAUUGAAACUACCACUUCAUUGGAUGAGGACAGUAACGAGUAAGACGUUCCAAUGAACUGUAAUAGAGUACUAAGUCAGGGGGUCGAAGUUUUGAUCACUUGAUUAUAUGGAACGUACUAAUAUAAAAAACAUUUGGCAAAGCAUUUAUUUAAAAUUAGUCAUCAACCUUCCCAGAUUAUAUAUCCUUUCUCUUACUGCGAUCCUCUACUUCAUCUUCGUAGAUUUUGUUCUUCGGAAGAAGUACCUCUGCUCCAAUACGUGCUUUCCCCCACCGAUUAAGCCCCUAAUGACCCAAUCCCUCCGCUAUGUUUCCCCUCAAUAAACCACCAAAUAAGGCGAAGAAGGGUAAGGAAACCUCCGCCCUCUUUGAACGCGGGUGUGGGGUAAAAAGAAGGGUUUCAAUGGGGUUAACCGUCAACCGUCAAACGGCCUAAUAUUUACUGAGCUGUCGACCGUCAAAAAAGGUUAUAUUUACCGUCAAAAAUGCUAAUUACUGUUAACCGUAAAAAAGUUUUAAGGUAUCUCAAAUUCCACUAUUUCAACUGAUGUUCACGGACUUUGAAUUUCUAAACAGGAAAACUCAGUUCCCCUGUUCUCAAAAACACACUCUAUAGGCAUUACAAGACCUCACAACUUGCUUAUAUCUGAAAAUAUUUCAAAAUUUUAAAAGUGAAUGGCAAAUUAAAGGCAACCUCCAAGACGCAAAAGUUAAAAUUAACUUAUUCAUUUCAGAAAUUAAUAUUUACUUAAAUUCUUGGUCUAAAUUUCUACUCAAUAACCGUCAACCGUUUAGAGCUCUAAAAUUUAACCGUCAACCGUCAAAGCUACCACCCCAUUGAUACCCUCAAAAGGGGGGCAAAAAUGCCACUUUUCACCCCACGCCCUCGUGCCCUUUCGUGCCUCUUCCGCUUGGCUUAAAGAGAACAGAAACGACUGUCAUGAAGGCUACCGAAAACAGUGAGCUUUCUUUCCAGAGACCCUUAACCCUUAAAACCCAAACAUCAAAAUUUUAAUUCUCAUUGUUGCCUUAACCUUUUAAGCCCCAAUAUCCACAUACAAAUUCUCCAAACUGAUCUUUAUACAUUUUCUUAAAGAAUAAGUUGAGAGAAUUUGAUGAAAGAUCAAAGCAUUUUCUCUUGGCAAUCAAUGGAUAUGGUUAGGAGAAAAUUGAUGUUGGACACCAUUGGGACUUAAAGGGUUAAUACAUUUCCUACGGAAGGAUUUGGGGGAUGAUGUUAAAUUAAUCUUCUGUGAUCAUCUCCUUAAUUCUCAUUACCACUCUGUUUUAUAAAGCACUCGUAGGGUUUAAAGGGUUAAUGGAACGUAAAACUGUCUCCUUGGGGCCAGUCAUUAAGUACCUAUUAUUGGAGGAAAUGGUGGGGUCUUGUACUUAUCAUAUGUUUUAUUACCAUUGCAGCCUAUUGCACCUAACCCUUCAAUUCCAGAGUCACAAGAAAUUUAUGAUGAACAUAUUAAGGUACUGAAAAAAUAUCAGUGACAGUAAAUCUAGCUAUUGGCCACUCCAGAAAAUACCAUAACAUACCAUAAUGCUUUUUGAUUGUCGCCCCAAAGUUUUGCAUAAGCAUUGUCUUUAGUUUCUCUUGGGAGUUAAAAUGGCCCCAAGAGAAACUGAAAACAAUGCUUAUGCAAAAUUUUGGGGUGACAAACAAAGAACAUUAUGGUAUGUUAUGGUAUUUCUGGAGUGGUCAAUUAAAUUUCCAAUUUGUAUGUAAAUUAUCGUAUAAGUAGUAAAGCAAAAUAAUUAAAGCUUUGGUAAAACGGGCAACAAAAAACGUGCAUUUUGUUUUGCAACAUGGCUGCAAAAUGAGUUGAAUUGCGAUGUUGUUCGUUUUACCACCCACGAAUCAAACCUCUCUGCAACAAAUCAGAUAUUGCAGGUUGCGAAAAGUUUUUGCAGAAAGUAGAGGCCCUAAUAAUCCAAACAAAUGGUACAGAAAAUUUCGGUAGAUCCGGUGAAAGCGGGAAAAAGGUAAUACCUCGAAAGGUAUUACCUUUUUUACAAAAAUAUUCCACUGGGAUGAAUGGUGCCAGUUGAAGUCUUCCCGGAAUUACCAUGAUGGUAAGCGCUCCAGGCCUACCCUAAAACGACCCGAAAAGUCGUGUGUCAUUUACAUUCCAACCGAAUUUUCUAGAAACGUUUUGUGAAUGGUAAACAACCUAUGAGUAGUCCCCCACCCCUCACGAAUGAUCAAUCUCCUUUUCCUGGAUAAUUACAUUUAAAUUGUUCAGCGCCAAUUUUAACCUUGUUUGUUAAAAAAAGUUAACAUUCCUUUCAAACACACGGGAUGUCGUGAAAAAAAAAGCAAUAGGUUUGAUAAGCAAAACAACAGCAACGAUUUUUUUGUUCAUUUCCUUGCCGUCACUGCACGACUACGGCGUGAAAAUGCCUAAUUAGGGACCUUACAAUCCGACAACAACGACGUCCGUGAAAACGUCCCUGAAAAAUAGACUUCGCAUCCUUUCACCUUUUUUCGCAAUUAUCGCAAGUUGCCCAGUUACUUAAAAGAAGAGAAUUUGGGUUGGAGAUGAAGGUAAGGGACCGCGCCCAAGUUCAGACAGAAAUAGUAGAAUUUAUCGGCUUGCUGUUCUCGUUCUCAAGUAAACUUAAAAUUUGGUCAUUUCAUGUCGUAGUUGUGCAGGGACGGCAACGAAAAAGCGUGAUGCACUUGCAGAGUUGUUGGUUUGCUCAGUAAACCUAUUGUUUUUUUUACCUUCCCGUUGACGUCACCGUCGUGGUACUUCUCACUUUGUGGAGGACGUGAACAGAAGACUUCGACUUUCUUUUUCGUUUCCUAUACUUUGACACGGUCCUUUAGAAUUCAACUCCAGAAAAAUUUGCCAACAUAUGACUAAUUGAACGAGAUGGAAUAAGCGCGAGAAAGUUUGGGACAGCGCGAAUUCACUUUUUAACUGACGUUUUCGUAGCCGUCAUUUUCGUUGCUUAAGCUCCCUAAUAAAACACAGAUGUUCACAACCCUGACAGUAUAGUUUAUCUACCUUUUAAAAAUGUCCUUGUACCUAUAAUUCACACAGCUUGCCACAGAGUACAUACAAGUUCAGACAGAAAUGGCGGUGUGGCUUCAAAGAAAGUGAGUCAUCUUUUCUAGUUUUUUUUUCUCUUUUAUUUAUAGAGCACAUGUAUAGAAGUCAGCAAUCUUCUGAUAAGCCUAACUACUGUUGAUCCUACCACACUAGAAACACUUACUUUACUGGAAGACAAAAAAGCAGCGUCAAUCGUCUUUGAGACGGACACUAAGUCCCCAAAUACAGUUGCCUCGAAUCGCUCACCGCCUCGCGAAGUGUCCCUCGCGGCAUCGCGAUCGAUGAGGAGGAGCUGUAAUCGCAGCCUAUGACAGGCAUUGUAGUGUUCGCUAUCGCUAACGUACAUGAGUGCGUUUUCGCUGUAGGCCAAGCCUGUGAGCAAGCUCUCCAUUUAGGGGAGUCGCGAGAAGUCACGCGAGAGCCGCACGCGAAAGGAGACGGGAGAGAGAAGGGCUUCCCCGCUCGCUUGCGCGUUCUCACGCAGCUCGCUUCACUUGCCAUGUAAGGGAGUUUAAGCAGCGACGUUUUUGAGCGACGCACGUUAACCGGAAGUGAGCCUUUCUCUCUUUUAAAAUACCUUGACGCUACCAAAUUUUCUUUGCUUUUAUAGAGACGAUUUGCUCAAAAGUUUGUUUAAAUCACGGCUCAUGCGUCGCUCAAAAACGUUAUUAAAACAUUAGAGCACCUGCUCGCAGGCUACUGUAUGCCUGACAAUUGCGACUUGUGACUCACAUUGACCAUACUUACUCAAAGUCAUUUUAAUUUCUUAAUUGCACUUCUAGUAGUUAUUAUUUCUGAUUUUGCUGCAGAGUGGAUCUUGAAAGAGAUUUAGAAGAAUAUGAAAAAGAGCAGCAAAUUAAUGCGCAGUAUGUAGAGGAGUUUGCAAUGCUGACUAGUGAAAAGGUAUGUUUAGUGUUAAAGCGUUUUGACCGGCCAGAGAAAUUUUAGGCUAAUGACGUCUUUCUUCUGACUGGUCAAAAUGUUAAAAAUAACACGGUAGUAACUUGCACGUACUAACCUAACAAGCAAAAACAUAAAGUGAAAAAAGAUGCUUGUUCUCUUGAAACAUUAUGGUGUUAAAUGGUUGUUUGCUAUUUACAUGGGCAAACCGGUCGGUUCACGGUUUGGGCAAAUGGCAAGCAAAAUUCAGGGCUGGCAAAUUUCAUCCCGGAAUCGCGUUUACCAUUUGUACAAAUCAGUUCCAUACACCCCAAAACGGCCUGUACAUGGUAAACAACCAGUGUGCGUGUGUGUGUGUUUUUCCAGGUGGCUUGUUAUUCGUGUCGGAUCAAAAUGACCGGCAAACCGAAAGUUUGUCCGGACAAAUGGUGGUCAUCUUGGGCGGACCGUUGACCGGGCGCUAUUUUAAGCCCUAAACAUUUCAUCCUAACAUCGGUUGAAAACUCUGUGUAGAUUCUCAGGCAGUGAUGAUUAAAUUAAUCAAUUGAUUUGUGGUUUGCUUUUCAUUUAGGAUAACCUUCUGCUGCUUCAUAACAGCUUGAGAACACAGUUGGAAGCUAUGAAGCGUCAACAAGGCCGUCCAUUGAGCCAGUAUCGAUCAUGACGAUUAUGAAAGCAGUCAAGUCAUUCAUAAUGUAUAGACUAAUGUAUUUCCUGUACAUUAUACGUCGUGAACUGUAGACAGUUCUAUCAUUAUAUUGUUUUCUUCAGUUGUGAAGAAUUUCCGUCUAGUACUUAGUACCGUAAGUUAUUACGCAGAGCCGGAUUUCAAUGAAAUGUUGAAGGUUCUUUUGAUAUUUCUUUGGUUUUGUAUUGCCACGCUCUGUGAUUGGCUGAAAAAUCUCUGCCACUUUCUCAACCAAUCACAAACAAAAAUCAGCGUCUGCUUCCAGCUCUGAUUGGUUCAAUGUUUGCAUCAUAUGCAGACAUCUUGACGUGUUAGUUUUACGGCAUUACAUUGAAAACCGCUCCACAAAUGUCAGCGUUUUGUACCAGUCAUUAGCCUGCGAACCGCAGACGCAUUUCGGGUCGUCGCUUCUCUGCCUCCUAUUUUUCGGAGGGAGAGAAGCGACGACCGGAAAUGCGUCUGCGGUUCGCAGGCUAACCAGUCAUUUGCCGUGAAGUAUAUUAGGUAGCCUAGGCUCCAAGUUUGUAAUGUGCAGAGCUCGUGAAAACUGAAGCUAAAAACGCGCGGAUGAUUCUUUCCCGCCACCGCCACCGCGUGUUACGUCAGAGAGCUUAAGCAACGGCGACGGAACGAAACCGUCACUUAAAAAGUGAAUUCGAGCUGCGCUUAUUCCAUCUCGUUAGGAUUUUGUCGAAGUUUAGGAAAAGAAAAAGAAAAUUGUUGUUUUGUGUUCCCGUCCUAGACAAACCGUGAAAUUAGGCAUUUUCACUUUGUAGUCGUGCAACGAAGGAAAGAAGUGUACAAAAAAGCGUGAUGCACGUGCAAAGUUAUUAUUUUGUCAAUCUAAACCUAUUGGUUUAUUGCCGUUCUCGUUGCCGUCGCCGUCGUUAGUCGUGGCCUAACGUUAUCUCUAAAAUAUGCACCCCUGUGUUGUCAUGGAG